AUGAACUCGGUAAGGAGACUUCACACAACAGCAGAGGUCUCCAGGAAAUGGAUUCGGAUCCAUUGGUGGCCAAAGUAUGAGCGAUGGCAAGAUCUGGAGAAGGAUACCAUUUUCAAAAAGAAGGGCGAUGAAGCCGUCAAACAGAUGCACAGAUUCUCUGACGAAUUCUAUAUUCAUCCAGAACGAAGGGAAGAUGGUAAGUUAGUUCCUUUGUAAAGGUUUAUUGUCAGUUUAGCCUUGCCAAAGAAACAAUUCGAAGAUCAGUCCCGAAGAGAUCAGAAUGCCCCAUCUUUAAAGUUAUUGACCGAUCACACCACUCUAAGAUAUGUGGACCAUAGUUACGACAAUAUUCGAAGAGUAAGGCGGUAUGAAGCCUUCCAAUUAAGACAAUACGAUCAACGGUAGGAAAUAUUCAUAACAUUAGAUUUUGUGUUUUAGAUUUAUUGCGGAACGACUUCUCUUCCUUGGGGCAGACCUGGCUGCUGCUCAUUUCCUUGUCCAUCGAAAGGCUGCUGUAAAGUUUAUAGGAGACAAUAACUGGUAUAAGAAGGAUCGAUGGGGCAGGUAUUCUUUACCCGGAAGACAAAUCCCUGGUCUUUAUGUAGAAGCGAUCGACGCCUCAGGCACAGAACUGAUGUAUGAAGGUAGCAAAUUCAUAAUGAAGUUAAAUUUCUUAGGUUUUGACAAUCUCUACGACCUCAAACAUCUCAGGAUGCUUCGGUUAGCCAACUGCGAAUUCAUUGAUGACUGGGCCCUGAGUAGAGUGGGUGGAGUUUGUGGAUCUACGUUGGAAUUCUUGGACCUCUCUGGCUGUAAAAAUAUUACACACAAAGGUUUGGCUGCGUUGCGGACCGCCAAGAAUUUGAAAUAUCUCCGAUUAGAGGGAUUAGAUCAUAUUCCUCACCUGGGGAAGACGGUUUUGAUGCUAGAAGAGAUGAUACCUGGUCUCAUUGUUACUGGCCUCAACUUUGAUAAGGAGCUGGAGAGACUCGAAUGGGAAAACAAACUAAAAGAAGAUGACAGAGCUGUUAUUGACGCCAAGGGUACGGCAUUUCCUCUUCCUCUUGUUGUCCAUGUGGGGAUUAUAUUAAUUUAUUUAUAGGCAAUGUCUUUGUGGAAGAUGAUAAUGGAGAACUCUAUUACAUUCACGGGAAAAUCUCCGAAAAGGCGACUGUCAAUGAUGAUGAUCAACCGAUUGUAACGUCCACCAUCAGAAAACAAGUCCCUGAAAUGAGUGAGGUUGAGUUCGAGAGAUUGGAUCAACUUUCGAAGGGUCGUCUUCGUCAUCUAAUGGUCGGAUCUCCCAGUGGAUACAUGUGGUCUGAUCAAGUGGAGAGAAUCCUUCAGCACGAAAACAAACUCCAUAUAAAGGACGGCAUCGAAACCGAUCCCAAGCUCUUACCCAAAGAGCAGCGACGGAAGAGAUUGUUGGCCAUGGGCGUGGACAUGGAAUUACUAUUAGAAGAGGACAAGAAGACCCUCCGGAGAAGUGAUGCCAUCGAGAAGGAACAAAAACAAGUCGAGGCUAAUUAG